UUAUCAUUGCUCUUCUAAACGAUAAUCCACUUUAAAGUUUUUCGUUCCUCUGCUGAUUCCGUUCUGCGCUGGUGGUUUCUCCUUUUUUGUUGGGCUGAUCCCACUCUGAAACUCAAGCCCCUUUCGUUUUCAUUCAAACCCAAACCUCUCUAGCUAGCUUGUCCUCUCUGGCUGCCCAGUGGCCGGUUUGAUACAAAGACCUUCAAAUGUCUUCCUCAUCUACGCAGGCGAACGAUAAUCAGAAAGAGGUUGAUGGGCAUGUUAUACCUACGGAUCAGGACGUCCUUCAGAAACAUGUUGAAUUCUUUGAUAGGAAUCAUGACGGCGUGAUUUAUCCUUGGGAAACAUUUCAAGGUUUUCGUGCAAUUGGGAGUGGUCUCUUUCUGUCAACCGUCGCUGCCUUCUUCAUAAACUUCUCUCUGAGCCGGAAAACUCGUCCUGGGAAAUUUCCUUCUCUCCUCUUUCCAAUUGAGGUUAAAAACAUUAAAAGAGGCAAACACGGAAGUGACUCUGGUGUCUAUGACUCUGAAGGAAGGUUUGUUCCUUCGAAGUUUGAAGAAAUGUUCAGCAAGCAUGCUCUUACCUACCCAAGUUCUUUAACAUCAGAUGAACUGAUGCGGAUGCUGAAGGCUAACAGGGUUCCCAAGGACUAUGGAGGAUGGUUUUCUAGCUAUACAGAAUGGAAGGUCCUAUAUAUCCUCUGCAAGGACAAGAAUGGCUUACUGCCAAAGGAAACAAUUAAAGCUGUUUAUGAUGGAAGCUUGUUUGAACAGAUGGAGAAGGAAAGAUCGUCGAAGAAAAAGAAAUCUGUUGUGUAACUAAAUGCAUGCCCAGUAUGCUAAUCUGGUUUUCCGGGGCUUGCUAGUCGAUUCGACAGUCUGGUUCAAAAGAUUGUCGUUGGUUCAACUUGUGGGUGUGUUUGAUGAGUUGUUGAAUGUGAAGUUAGUUCAAGUUGGUUAUGUUGGUAGAUAUGGAGUGCUUACCGCGUUAGUUUUAAGAUAUCUGGAAUAAUUUGAGCUACUGGAUUAGCAUGCAUGGGGGAAAAUUUGGAAUUAAUCAGCACAGGUGGAAAGACAGUUGGGAAAAUUUGUGCAGAGGAUGACUUUCCAGAAGACUUUCUUUCAAUUACAAGUUCAGGAGUUCAAAAUCUGUGGAGCAUUUGGCAUUGAACUGAAUUUGAUUGUGUAAUAUUCUUAGUUAUCAAGUUCUCAUAGAAGGUGAAUAACAUACAAAUUUCAUAUCUCA